GGUGCCGCCGAGAAGGCUCCUGGAGGGGACGGCUGGGGGCGUCGCCGCCCCCCUCCCACGUCGGAGGCGCCCUGGGCUGGGGGGCGGGCCAGCUCCCGGGGCGCCCGCGUCCCCGCUCGGCACAGGCCCGCGGGGCGCCCGGCCGGAUGGGCUGCACUGUGAGCUUGGUGUGCUGCGAGGCGCUGGAGCCCGGGCCCCCCUGCGGCCCCCAACCCCCGGGGAACCCCCCGGGAAGCCCCCCGGGCCCGGCGCUGGGCCAGUGCUGGGAGCCCGGGGGUUUGGUCCGCGCCGAGAGCAGGCGGCUCCUGCCACAGCCAGAGGAUCUGGAGGCCCCCAAGACUCACCACUUCAAGGUGAAGACCUUCAAGAAGGUGAAGCCCUGUGGAAUCUGCCGGCAGGUCAUCACCCGGGAGGGUUGCACCUGCAAAGUCUGCAGCUUCUCCUGUCAUCGGAAAUGCCAGGCCAAGGUGGCUGCCCCCUGCAUUCCUCCAUCCAACCAUGAAUUGGUGCCUGUCAACACGGAGAAUGCACCAAAGAAUGUAGUGGACACGGGAGAAGGAACCUUCCGGGGAGGGAACACUCGGAAAAGCCUUGAGGAAGACGGCUCCAUCAGAGUCACCCCGAGUGUCCAGCCCCCUCCCCAGCCCGUCAGUCUUCCCAGAAACAUGAGUGUGAGCCAGACCAUGGAGGACAGUUGUGAGCUGGACCUGGUGUACGUCACAGAGAGGAUCAUCGCCGUCUCCUUCCCCAGCACAGCCAACGAGGAGAAUUUCCGGAGCAACCUCCGUGAGGUGGCCCAGAUGCUCAAGUCCAAACAUGGGGGCAACUACCUGCUUUUCAACCUCUCUGAGCGGAGACCUGACAUCACGAAGCUCCACGCCAAGGUACUGGAAUUCGGCUGGCCUGACCUCCACACCCCAGCCCUGGAGAAGAUCUGCAGUGUCUGCAAGGCCAUGGACACUUGGCUCAACGCAGACCCCCACAAUGUCGUCGUUCUACACAACAAGGGAAACCGAGGCAGGAUAGGAGUGGUCAUCGCUGCUUACAUGCACUACAGCAACAUUUCGGCCAGCGCCGACCAGGCACUGGACCGGUUUGCAAUGAAGCGGUUCUAUGAAGAUAAGAUUGUACCCAUUGGCCAGCCGUCCCAGAGAAGGUACGUGCAUUACUUCAGCGGCCUGCUCUCUGGCACCAUCAAAAUGAACAACAAGCCCUUGUUUCUGCACCAUGUGAUCAUGCAUGGCAUCCCCAACUUCGAGUCUAAAGGAGGGUGUCGGCCAUUUCUCCGGAUCUACCAGGCCAUGCAACCUGUUUACACAUCUGGCAUCUACAACGUCCAAGGAGACAGCCAGACCAGCAUCUGCAUCACCAUCGAGCCUGGGCUGCUCUUGAAGGGAGACAUCUUGCUGAAGUGCUACCACAAGAAGUUCCGGAGCCCAGCCCGAGAUGUCAUCUUCCGUGUGCAGUUCCACACCUGCGCCAUCCAUGACCUGGGGGUUGUGUUUGGGAAGGAGGACCUUGAUGAAGCCUUCAAAGAUGAUAGAUUUCCAGAAUACGGCAAGGUGGAAUUUGUAUUUUCUUAUGGGCCAGAGAAAAUUCAAGGCAUGGAACACCUGGAGAACGGGCCGAGCGUGUCAGUGGACUACAACACCUCUGACCCCCUCAUCCGCUGGGAUUCCUACGACAACUUUAAUGGGCAUCGCGAUGACGGCAUGGAGGAGGUUGUGGGACACACGCAGGGGCCGCUGGAUGGGAGCCUGUAUGCCAAGGUGAAGAAGAAGGACUCCCUGAAUGGCAGCACUGGGGCUGUCAAUGCCACACGUCCUGCUCUGUCGGCCACUCCCAACCACGUGGAACAUACCCUGUCCGUGAGCAGUGACUCCGGAAACUCCACAGCCUCCACCAAGACAGACAAGACUGAUGAGCCUGCCCCCGGCCCCUCCAGUGCCCCUGUUGCCCUGAGUCCUGAGGAGAAGCGCGAGCUGGACCGCCUGCUCAGUGGCUUCGGCUUAGAACGAGAGAAGCCAGGCAAUAUGUACCACACCCAACACCUCCGGUCCCGCCUGGCGGGGGGCCCUGCUGUGCCCUCUGCCAGCCGUCAUGUUGUCCCAGCCCAGGUUCACGUCAACGGUGGGGCCUUGGCAUCUGAGCGGGAGACAGACAUUCUGGACGAUGAACUGCCCAACCAGGAUGGGCACAGCGUGGGCAGCAUGGGCACGUUGUCUUCCCUGGACGGGAUCACCAACACCAGUGAGGGGGGCUACCCAGAGGCGCUGUCCCCCUUGACCAAUGGCCUGGACAAGCCCUACGCCGUGGAACCUAUGGUGAAUGGUGGGGGCUACCCCUAUGAGUCUGCCAGCCGGGCAGUGCCUGCCCAUGCGGGCCACCUGGCCCCCAUGCGACCCUCCUACUCUGCACAGGAGGGUUUAGCUGGCUACCAGCGGGAGGGCCCCCACCCCGCCUGGUCACAGCAAGUGACCACCUCCCACUAUGGUCAUGACCCCAGCAGUAUGUUCCGCUCUCAGUCCUUCCCGGACACUGAGCCCCAGCUGCCCCCAGCUCCAGCCCGGGGGGGAAGCAGUCGGGAGGCUGUGCAGAGGGGCCUCAAUUCCUGGCAGCAACAGCAGCAGCAGCAGCAGCAGCAGCCUCACCCGCCUCCUCGUCAGCAGGAAAGAGCCCACUUGGAGAGUGUCCGGCCCAGCAGGCCCGGCCCCCAGCCAUUGGCAGAGACACCCACGCCUGGCCUCCCUGAGUUCCCGAGGGCAGCCUCCCAGCAGGAGAUCGAGCAGUCCAUUGAAGCCCUCAACAUGCUGAUGCUGGACCUAGAGCCAUCCUCGGCUGCCGCCCCGCUGCACAAAUCCCAGAGUGUCCCUGGGGCCUGGCCUGGGGCCUCCCCGCUCUCCUCUCAGCCUCUUUCCGGCUCCUCCUACCAGACCCAUCCACUGACCCAGUCCAGAUCUGGCUACAUCCCCAGUGGGCAUUCCUUGGGAACCCCUGAGCCAGCCCCACGAACCUCCCUGGAGUCCAUCCCUCAGGGCAGGUCUUACUCACCUUAUGAUUAUCAGGCAUGCCCGGCUGGGCCCAACCAGAGUUACCGUCCAAAGAGCCCAGCUUCCUCCUCUUCCUUGCCUGCUUUCCUUCCAACCAACCACAGCCCUCCAGGGCCUCAGCAGCCCCCCACCUCUCUCCCUGGCCUCGCCGCUCAGCCUCAGCUCCCACCAAAGGAGGUGACUUCAGAUCCAUCCCGGACUCCGGAGGAGGAGCCCUUGAACCUGGAGGGGCUGGUGGCCCACCGGGUUGCAGCGUAUAACGCCAGAUUGCAGGGUCUUGGGCUAAGUGUCAGCUACCGGCACCCUCCUCUCCACCGGCUCCGAUCUUCCUCCCUCUCUGGGGUGCAGGCUCGGGAGAAGCAGCCUGCAGAGCCCCCAGCCCCUCUCCGGAGGCGGGCAGCCAGCGAUGGACAGUAUGAAAACCAGUCUCCAGAACCCUCAUCCCCUCGGAGUCCUGGGGUGCGCUCCCCAGUCCAGUGUGUGUCCCCGGAGCUGGCUCUCACAAUUGCUCUCAAUCCUGGAGGGCGGCCCAAAGAGCCCCACUUGCACAGCUACAAAGAGGCCUUCGAGGAGAUGGAGGGAACCGCUCCAUCCAGUCCACCGCCCAGUGGGGUGCGCUCCCCUCCAGGUCUGGCCAAGACACCCCUGUCUGCUCUGGGCCUGAAACCCCACAACCCAGCAGAUAUCCUGUUGCAUCCCAAAGGCGUUACCAGAAGACUGAUCCUGCCAGAGGAGGAUGGGGGGCAGGAGGUGAUGGAGCCAUCGGGAGAGCCCCGGAGCUACGUCGAGUCGGUGGUGCGGACGGCAGUGGCUGGGCCCCGAUCCCAGGACCCUGAGCCCAAGAGCUUUAGCGCCCCAGCUGCCCAGGCCUAUGGCCACGACACACCCCUGAGGAACGGGACCCUGGGCGGCUCCUUUGUCUCCCCUAGCCCCCUCUCCACCAGCAGCCCCAUCCUCAGCGCUGACAGCACUUCGGUGGGGAGUUUCCCAUCGGGGGAGAGCAGUGACCAGGGCCCCCGGACACCCACCCAGCCUCUGCUGGAUUCUGGCUUCCGCUCUGGCAGCCUGGGCCAGCCCAGCCCUUCGGCUCAGAGAAGCUACCAGAGUUCUUCUCCUCUUCCAACCGUGGGCAGCAGCUACAGCAGCCCCGACUACUCACUUCAGCAGUUCAGCUCCCCAGAAAGCCAGGCCCGGCCUCAGUUCAAUGCGGCUGGUGUCCACGCGGUCCCUGGGAGCCCUCAAGCACGCCACAGGACAGUGGGCACCAACACUCCCUCCAGUCCCGGCUUUGGCCGCCGAGCUGUCAACCCUGGCAUGGCUGCCCCCAGCAGCCCCAGUUUGAGCCAUCGCCAGGUGAUGGGCCCGCCAGCAACUGGUUUCCAUGGCAAUGUGGUUUCCAGCCCCCAGAGCAGUGCAGUGACCACUCCAGGAAGCCCCAGCCUGGGCCGGCACCCUGGGGCCCACCAGGCCUCAGGCCUCCAUGGCAGUGUGGCUGUCACUCCAGGGAGCCCCAGCCGCGGCCAGCAGCCGGGGGCCCUCCAGGCCUCAGGCCUCCCUGGUAAUGUGGCCACCACUCCAGGGAGCCCCAGCCUGGGCCGGCAUCCUGGAGCCCACCAGGGCAACUUGGCCUCCAAUCUCCAUGGCAACACAAUAUCCAGCCCCGGAAGCCCCAUCCUGGGCCGUCAUCUCGGAGCAUCUGGAUCCGUGGUUCCUGGCAGCCCCAGCCUAGAUCGGCACGUGGCCUAUGGCGGCUACUCGACCCCUGAGGACCGGAGACCCACGCUGUCCCGGCAGAGCAGUGCCUCUGGUUACCAGGCUCCUUCCACGCCCUCCUUCCCCGUGUCUCCUGCCUACUACCCGGGCCUGAGCAGCCCCGCCACCUCUCCUUCGCCAGAUUCGGCAGCCUUCCGGCAAGGGAGUCCAACACCGGCCUUGCCAGAGAAGUGGAGGAUGUCCAUGGGAGACCGAGUGGGCAGCCUCCCCAACUAUGCCACCAUCAAUGGGAAGGUGUCGUCCUCGCCUGUCGCCAGUGGCAUGUCCAGUCCCAGUGGGGGCAGCACCGUCUCCUUUUCGCACACUCUGCCUGACUUCUCCAAGUACUCCAUGCCAGACAACAGCCCAGAGACCAGGGCUAAAGUGAAAUUUGUCCAGGACACUUCCAAGUAUUGGUACAAACCCGAGAUCUCCAGAGAACAGGCCAUCGCUCUACUGAAGGACCAGGAGCCCGGGGCCUUCAUCAUCCGUGACAGCCACUCUUUCCGAGGAGCCUAUGGGCUGGCCAUGAAGGUGUCUUCUCCCCCUCCGACCAUCAUGCAGCAGAAUAAGAAAGGGGACAUGACCCAUGAGCUGGUGAGACAUUUCCUGAUAGAGACCGGCCCCCGAGGAGUCAAGCUCAAGGGCUGCCCCAACGAGCCAAACUUUGGAUCUCUCUCUGCCCUGGUCUACCAGCACUCCAUCAUCCCGCUGGCCCUGCCCUGUAAGCUGGUCAUUCCAAACCGAGAUCCCACAGAUGACUCGAAAGAUAGCUCGGGCCCUGCCAACUCAACCACCGACCUGCUAAAGCAAGGAGCAGCCUGCAACGUGCUCUUCGUCAACUCCGUGGACAUGGAGUCGCUCACUGGGCCACAGGCCAUCUCCAAAGCCACUUCCGAGACACUGGCUGCUGACCCCACGCCAGCUGCCACCAUCGUUCACUUCAAAGUGUCUGCCCAGGGAAUUACACUGACUGACAACCAGAGAAAGCUCUUCUUCAGACGACACUACCCUCUCAACACCGUCACCUUCUGUGACCUGGAUCCACAGGAGAGAAAGUGGAUGAAGACGGAGGGAGGUGCCCCUGCUAAGCUCUUCGGCUUUGUGGCCCGGAAGCAGGGCAGCACCACGGACAACGCCUGCCACCUCUUCGCUGAGCUUGAUCCCAACCAGCCUGCCUCCGCCAUUGUCAACUUCGUCUCCAAGGUCAUGCUGAGUGCCGGCCAGAAGAGAUGAACUCUCCCCAUGCCCCGGGCCAGGGCAGUGGGGAUGGGGCAUGUGGGGAGGGGACCCAUGAAUCCUGACCAUCUCUGAAUCCAGAAGGAGGACUUUGGGCCAAUUUUGGAGAAAGAGAGAAGAAAGUGUGACAUGGGGAGAGGGAAGUGAAUUGCGGAGGGGCGGGGGAGAGAGGGAGAGAAAGAAAGAAAAGGAUGGAGGAGGAUAACUCGGAUUCCCUUGGGUAGAUGGCUACUGCGCAACCCCCAAAGUCUCCAAAACGAAGCAGGUCCACCUAACUCCCUCUCACCCUCACAGGAGGCAAAGCUGGCCUCCUUGGGGACCCGUAUUUUGGGGGGAAAUGGGAAAGUGUCUCCAUAGCCCAACUGCUUUGCAAGGAGAAGUCAAGUCAAGAGAAUCUUUUUCUGGCCCCCACUAGGGUGCAUUGUCAAACCAAAAGGAGUCAGCAUGGGACAUCACGUGGCAGAACUUUUGCUUUGAAAGUACCUCAGACCCGAGAUACCUAAGGCCUCUCUGCUCUGCCUCCGAUGUACAGUUUGCGUGGGAAUGUAUGCGGGGUUGUGUAUAUAUCUGCUCCCACAUCCUCACACUCAGAUUUACAUUCGACUCUCGGCUAGAAUUGUAAACAGGUGUACUUGUCCAUGUUCCACAUUUGCACACAUGUGCAUACUGUCCAGAGGUCAGAGUUGGGGUGACCCAGCAUCAGGGAGGGGACGCCAGCCUUCUUCCCCAGGAGCACCCAGAAAUAUGGGUAACAGGCUCUGACUUGGUCCCCCCCGCACCUGUGCUCUAGUGGCCCCGCGUGCCGCCAGCGCCUUCUCCUUGGCAAAGACCCCGGCAGGAGUGGUGGGACCAUUGGUUGGAGGAGAUGGAGAUGUGCAUUUCCACAGCCUUGGGGAAGAGACCCAUCAGCCACAGUGGCUUUGACCUCCAGCAUCUUCCCCGAGUUGUGUGGCAAGGUGGGCAGGCCACUCCCCCCAGCUCUCAGCCCUCAGCCCUCAGCCCAUUCUUGGCUGCCAAGACCACACCAGCCUUAUCUCAAACUGGCUUAUCUGCAUGAUGUCUUCUUGGGUGCUGGGAUCGAGCCUUCUGAUCUGCCCAGCUCUGUUCUGUCCUGCAGGUCCCCCUGUUGGGCUCAUCCUGGGGAACCUGCUUCCAAGAGCCCUGCUCAGCAAGGCCCAGGGGAUGCCUGGGGUCCUGUCCUCCCCUCUGCCAGGGUUUGGGGCCUGACUUUUGCUGGGCUGUCCAGGUGACUCAGCAGUGCUCUGGGCUGCUGCCUAUAUACCACAUGGCCUAUGUACAAUACCAAAGCCUUGCUGUUCCCACUUCUGCCUUGGUUUCCCCAGCAGAAACAAGCUGCCCGGGAGCAGAGGGCCUAGAAUCUGCCUGGGCAAUUGGGAACCCCCUGACCUCCACCCAAGUAAUCUCAGCUGGAAUGGAAAAGUCACCAGGACUCCAUUCUCGAGGGGCUUCUUAAGCCUCUGGGGGUCCCUUGGAGAGAGGCAUUGUACUGAUAUAUAAAUAUAUAUAAUAUAUAUGUGAGACAUACUGACAGAAUCUGUAAGCUAAUAAAAUAUAAGAAAAGGUUAAAAAAAGAAUAGGUAAAUUGACAAGAGGUAUUUAUUGUUUUCCCAUAUUGCUUUAUUGCCUCCCUGGGCAAAUCCAAUUCCUAUCCCUCUUUCUAUAUAUAAGGGAAGCCUGAAAUGUAGGGGCCUUUAUCCUUGGAGCAAUCAGGGGUCUCCUUGCCCUGGCCUUGGCCGUCCCUAGACUUUGUCGGGGGCUCAGCAGGGAGGGGUGCACGUGUUCCAUCUCCUUUGGCCCCCUCUUUUCUGGCAAUCCUAGGCCUCGGCCAUCAGGUCCCGAGAGGAGCCCCCUCACCAGGGCUGGAGCGGGUGUGUGAGCCAGCGGGGGACAUGGGUGAGUGUGGUGGGCAUGGGGAGUGUGUGCGUCUUUUGUAUUUUUUCUCCUCCAAGAAGCUGUAUCUGUGUGGACAUACUGUUUCAGGGAGUUAGAAAGGAGAGUGUCUAAUGAAGACGGGGAGCAGCCCCCCGCUUCCCAAAGAUUGAAACCUUGUGAUUGGUGACUAAGGUUCUUCCAAAGUGCUCUUCCUUCUGAGGCAUUCAAGCCAGAUCCUGGGGUUCCCUCUCCCCCUCCCCCACCUCCCCCUCUCUCUUCCAGAGGAGAGAUUCCACCCCUUCCUUUGUCAAUAUCUAACCUCCCACUGGACAGCCCGGGCCUGUCCUCCUGGUCUGGACGUCCUCUCCACCUUGAGGCCAGCGGAGGGUUAGACCAUCGGGCAGACCCGGGCCCAGGGUCAGCCUUCUCACAUGCUUGCCCACCGCCCACCGCAGCCCACCUCCCGGGCCUGAGCUGAGGGUGACCCCACAAGCAGGACCUAGGGGUGCUGGGGAGCUGAUUCUCUCCCUCUCUGGGUCACUCUGGAGGGAGCUGGUUUCCUAGAGUUUGGCUUUUCCAGAGGAAUGGGGAAGGCACCUCAGUCUCCACGAGGUCCCCCCUUUGGGUCAGACACUGGCUGGGAAGACACUGUAGUCCUCCCAUCUCACAGGUUGGGCCCGUGCACCCAUGCGCACAAGUGCACACACACACACACACACACACACACACACACACCGCAGCACUGCAGUAUAUUCUUGCCAAAGAUGUCCUUUAAAAGAAAGCACUUUUAAUAAUUAUUGUUAUUAUCGUGUAAAUGUUUAUCCUUUUCUCUCCUCCCCCUCCCUCGACAUAUUUGCUGUUGUUUAGUGUUGAACCCAUUUGUCAGCCAGGAGAGUGCUGUCUGGUCUUGAAAGUAGGCUGGGACGUGGGGUGGGGCGGGUCCGGGAAGGCAUGGUCAGCGUGUGACUCAGCCACACAGCCCCAGGCGGGCUCAGCUGGGCCCCAGGCCCCGCCUGCUUCUGGCUGUUGUCCAGCCCGGCCUCUGAGGGAGGCAGGGAGGCAGGCCCAGUGCCUCCACGUGGCUCUUCCCAGGUGGAAGGAGAGGGGAGGAUCGGGAAUGGGAACAAUGGAGAGCAGACCCCAGAGGGGAAAUAGAGAGGAAGUGAGCUGUUUGAUCAGCCUCCAAGGUGACUGGCACCCCCUCCCCUGAGGUCAUGUGUUCUGGCUCCCUUGUCUAGCCAGUGUUUGUCCCGGGUUUGGGAAAGGCCUUGACCUGGUCCUCAUGGCAGCCUUUCCUGCAGCUGCUCCGAGCUCGUGGACAGCCAGGAUCCCUCCUGCACUGGGCUUUGGGGAGUCCCUGGGUGUGUCAGAAGCUGGCAGGACAGGGUGAUGGGCUUGGUGGCUGUGCCACCAGAAGAGGAGGCAGCUGGCUGAACGAGUGUGGCCCUUCCAUGAAGGGGCUCCCAGGAGGGAGAUGAGUGGGGCGUUCUCCUCCCUCAGAUGGGCAUGAGCAGAGAUGGGCAGACUCCUCACAGGUGGGACAACACCUAUGCCCUGAAGUGCACCGCCACCCUGCCCCGGGGUCUCCUCCCUUUGUUCCCAGCUUCAGAAGCUGGGGAGAUCAAGGGGGCCAAUGCCCGAGUCCAAGGGCAGCCUCUGCCCCUGCGUCUCCCCACACUCGGGGUCCUUGGAGAGGUCAGAGGCCGGGCCCUGGAGCCACUCUUCACUCAGGGCCAGGCCCCGGAAUCUUGAGACCAGAGUCCCCUGGCAGUGGUAACACAGGACGUGUGUGCGCGUGCGUGCAAGUGCGGGUGUAUGUGUGUGCGUAGUUUGCGCAUCUCUCUAGGGAUCUUCAGGGUUGGGUUGGAGGAGGUGGGCAAUAGGAGGAUGUCAAGUUCAGUAUCAUCGGGCGGAAGGAAUCAGGAGGCGAGGCCGGUAGGGCCCUGACGGGUGGAAUCUCAGUGUUGGCGAUGGGGUGGGCUCUGCGGCCCUCAGAUGACCCAAAUGUUGGAGGACCUGUCCUUAUUUCCCACGCCUGGCUCUUCCCAGCGGUGAGGCAGUUGUAGAGGGAUGUCCCAAGUUGGGUUUCUAAUCAGUGUUAAGCAGUUGAGACUCUCCUGUGUCCGUGCUGGGUGUGUGUGUGUGUGCGGAGCACAUCAGUGUCUGCAUGCGUCUCCCUGUUUCUCCCCUCCCUCUGAUGUGUCAUUCAAAACAAAUGUAAGGAGUUCCUCACCCCCACCCCUACCCCACCUCCCCUGCCUUCCAGGCCUUCCCUCUGCAGGAAAACCAGAAUAACCCGCCCUCCUCCCGUGCCCUGACUGUGUAUUUAUAUAGAUGGAAAUAUACUUUCUAUUUUGUAUCAUUGUGCCUAUAGCCUCGGCUGCCUUGUAUAAACCCUGAUAUGCUACUUACCCUGGACAUGAAUGUGUUGUACACCGAGGCUGCCUGCUCCUGUCGGCGGCUUUGUUUCCUUGCGAUCCAUUGUAUGGCUUUAUAAAUGAUAACGUGAAAGAAAACCUGGGCUGUUGUCUAGCUGUGUUGUUUGGAAAGGGGUCUGCCAGGUCUCUGGUGGGCAAAACACGGCCUCCCCCCUGCUCUGGCUGUGGCUCCAGGGCUGCCUCCCCCGGACCACUCCCCUGGUCCUCCCAGCGCUUCCCACCUCCAGGCCUUGGUUCUGAUGACUGUGAGUUUUCAUCUGGAUCCUUUCUUCUGGAAGAGAAACUCAACUCAAAUUGGCUUACGAAAAUAAAAAAGGAAUGUACUGGCCCCUGUGACCAAGAAGCAAGCACGGCUGGACCCAGGGGCUCGAACAGUGGCACCAGGAAUGUGUCUCCAUCCCUCGGCUCUGACUCGGCUCAGUUCGUAGGCAAGUUCCAGCCCGGUGGUCCUGGGUAAAUUUUUUGCCAUUCAGCAAGUUUGGGGUGGUACCUACCGAGGCCUGCCCAGCGCAGGGCAGGGUGCCCUGGGAGAUCGCACAUGCUCACUUGGCAGCUCCAGCUCCCCUUCGAGCUGACAGUGCAGCGGGGAGGUGGCUCAGGGCUGAUUCGAGCACAUGGGUGCCGAGACCCCUGUGGGCCAGCACAGUGAGCACAGGGCAGCUUCUCCCACUGCUUGGUCUCAGUUUUACACUAAAAAGUCAUUGAGGACCCCAAAGAGCUUCUGUCCAUAUGGGUCCUACCUUUCCAUACUUACCAUGCUCUAAGUGAAAACUGAGAACCUUUAAAAAAUGUCUACCAAUUCCCUUCCAUAGCAACAUUCAACUGACUACAUCUGAACAUAAAUAGAAAUUUUAUGAAAAGUGAUGUUAUCUAAAAAAGAUUGGGGUAAAGAGUAACACUGUUUUUCGUUUUCCAAAGCUCUCUCACGCCUGGCUUCUCAGAAGGCAGCAGGUUCUUCUACGGGCUCCUGGGUUCCCUUUGUUGUGAUGCCACACACGUGCCUCUCGGAGUGAAAAAGAUGAGAGCUUAGUAUUACUAAGGAAGUAGGUUUGACCUCACACAACCCCUAAAAGCAUCCCUGUGCCCCCCUGGCCCUCAGACUGUCCUCAGAGAACUCCUGUGGGGGAUACAAAGACAAAGAAGCCCGGCCGCUGCCUGUGGUGGAGGAGGACUGUGUAUUCCAGACCUACUAUGUGCUAGCCAUUGUCAGGUCUCAUCUUCCCCAUGCACCCGUGAGGCAGGUGGCAUUAGACCCAAGUGACAGAUAAGGAAACCGAGGCUGUGAGAGGUCACACUGCUUCUAAUGGGCACAGCUGGUGCUUGUCACUACUGGCGACAGCUUGCAUUGGCAGACCUCGCUGAGCAUGUGUGUUUUCUCAUGCACACAAACCCGGUGAGAUAAGGGCUGUCCUUGUCCUCAUUUUACAGAGAGAGAAAAGGGGUUCAAAGAGGCUCAGAGAUUGCUCAGUACCACAAAGCUGGUGAGUGAGCGGCAGAGCCAGGCUGUGACCCCAGGCAAGCUGGCUAGCUCUCGCCUCCUCCUGGGCUCUCAGGGUUUGCUUCAGAAGGGAAGGAAAGACUGAUGAUGCGUGAGGGUCGGGCAGGAGACUAAACUCAGACAGGGUGAUCAGGGCGCAGGGCAGUGGGGCUGCCUUCCGGGGCGUGGACGGCUCCUGGUGUGUGAUGGGGAGGUCACCCUCCGAUGCUCCCCAGCUGUGGAGUGAUGAGGAUCCUGUGGCUGGGCCUGGUGCAGGGCCUGAGAGAGAGAUGAGACAUAGGGUAUGGCCUGGGAGCUAGGCUGAUCUAGCCUGGCUUUGAGGGGACUAAGCAGUGCGGCAGGAUGGGGCCCUGAGGAGGGGAGAUGUCUGGGGCUGCAGCAGAGGGCUUGAGGUUAGAGAGGGGAGCGGUCCUGACACCCCAUAUUGUACGGGAGACCCAAGGGACCUUUCCAUUUGUCUGUGUGGCAUCACCAGGGAGUUUAUUAGAAAGGCAGAGCCUCUGCCCUGCCCUCCCCGCAGACCUGCCAAUCAGGUGAGGGCUGCAGGGAGGUCAGAGCAAGAGGAGCUGCUGGUAACAGAAAGGGAUGCUUUGAGAGGGGUGAGCUCCCGUCCCUGCAGGUGUCCGGGAGAAGGCCUGUGGAAUACCCUCCCUAGCCUCCAUCCUGGGUGUGGCCGCAGGCACAGCCUCAGAGAGCCCCCUGUUCCCGGCCAAGCCCAGAGUGCAGGUGUGGCUGGGUCCUGCCUGGGAGAGCAUUGGUCUCAGAACCAGGCAGGGCUGGGUUUGGUUCUGACUCGGCUAGAACCUCGGGAGAGCUUUCUCUCUCUCUGGGCCCCAGUGUUCUCAUCUGUAAAAUGGGAUAACGCCUCCCCCAGAGGGCUGGUGUGAGGAUGGAGAACACGCAGCACGGCCCUGGGUCUACUGCUGGGCUGCAGGCCCUCAAGGAAUACGCACUUCCUUUCCUUUCCUUUGCCUCCUGCCUCCUCCGCACCAUUUCCUUGGGCCUCUGGGCCUCUGGGGAGACUUGGCAGCAGAAAGAACUGGGAGCUGAAAGCCUCCCGAAUGAUAUUGAUCUCGCUGGCUCCUGAGUCCAGACCACAGCGCGUGGGGAUGAUGGUACUGCCGCCUCCAUGGCUCCAGCUUUUAUGGGGUUUAGAGAUCAUCUCUGGCCAUCGAGACAGGAUGUCCGGGUCUGGGCCCUCCCCCGAGCCUCUGCUCCACUCCCUGACUCCCAGGCCAGACUUGGGAAAUCUCUCAUUCCUGGAUCGGGUCCUGGGAAACUAGGGGGCGUCUAUGAGGUCGCCAGCCCCCUGCCCUCCCCCAGGCCCAUAUCCUGCAUUGACCUGGCAGCACCACGGACCCUCCUUCCGGGAACUUGGGCUGGUUGGGGACAUUAGGAGCAGGGGCCACAUGGGGCAGAGGUCCUUGAGGAAGGCAGGAGACCACCUGGCAGAUACGGAGAAAACCUCACAGCCAUAGAGCUUUCGAGCUGGUGGAGACCUCGGGGCUACCUUGAGGUAAGUCAACCAGUCAGUCGGUUAAUUCACCAGAUAUACUAUAUUGAGCACCCACUAUGUGCACUGAGCAAUAGUGGGGUGUUCGUGUCCCUCGCAGCACCCAGGUCUAAUGGCAGUGGGGAAAGGAGAGUGGGGAAGACAUAUAAAGAAUCAGCAAGUACGGAACUAUGAUGGGAUAAGUGCCCAGGGGAAAAGCCAUGCAGCAAGAAUUUGUUAAUGGAUCUAGGGGGCCUUGUGGGGGAGGAGGAAGGUGUCCCUUAGGAAGUGACACUUCCCAAACGCCAGGGUUCAAAGGGUGGACAGAAGUGAAUUAGGCAGAGGAGGGAGAAGAAGCGUUUCAGGCUGAGGAAACAGCAUGUGUCAAGGUCCAAGGGCAGGAGGAGCAGGGUGUGUCUGACCCUAUGUGCCUCCCCUGGGUGGCAGGUGUAACUUGACCUUCGUUUGAAGGCCAGGUGGAGUAGUGGUUAAGUGCACAGGCUGAGGUGUCAGGUCGCCUGGGUUGAGGUUUUGGCUCCAUCUUACUAGCUGUGUGACCUUGGGCACGCUGCUUGACGGCUCUGCUUCUGUUUCCACAUCUUGUAAAUGUGGAUGGUAACCGUGGCACCUAACUCGGGUUCUUGUAGGAAGCGAGAGUCUGUACCUGCAGAAAUGGCUUGGGGCAGCACCUGGCAAACAGUAAGUGUUAGCUACAUGUCUUGUUUAUUUGAUCUUUUUUUCCCUCCCUCACUAGACGAUAGUCCCUGACAGCAAGGACCCAGGUCUGCAUCUAGAGCCCCAGCAUGGUGUCUGGUAUGUGGGAGGCCCCCCCAUCAAUGUUUGUGGAAGGAGCGAGGUAACAAGGUCAGUGUAGCCAAAGGACGCCAGGGUGGGGGAGGUUGGGGCAGAGAGGGUGGAUGGGAGAGAGGGCUUCCUGGGUCAUGCGAGAGGGUUGGUGUUUGUUGUGAGGGAAGGGGAAGUUUUUGAAGGUUCUUAAUCGAGGGGCCAUGGGAUCAUGCUGGCAUUUGGCAAAGAUGUCUGUUUCAGUACCCAUUGAACUCCAAGUAUAUGUUAGAUGUUGUAUUAAGUGUUUUAUUGUGAUCUCAUUUAUCUAUUUCUAAAAUGACCCUGAGAAAUAGAUAUACAACUAACUAAGGAAACGAAAGCUUAGAAAGAUUAAUUUCCCCAAGAUCUCAUAGCUGGAAAAUGCUACAGAAAUGGGCUUAAGAUCGCUUUAGCUCUCUAUUGUUUAGGAUACUAGUUCAUCUUCCAUAACAGAGAUCCCAAAUUAUCAAACAUUUAAAUGUGAUAGAAGUUUCCUCUGUCGAGUAAAGGCUUCAGCUUGUAUUACAGCUCUUCCCAUAAAGUUGUUCAGGAACCCUGGGUGCCUUAGUUUUGAUGCUCUGCCAUCACCAAUAUGUGGUUCAUUAUGGUUGCACCAGCUCCUGCCAUCAUGACUGCAUUCCAGUCCACGGAAAGCCAGAAAGAGGAAGGGAAGGCAAGCUCUUCUCUUCCAGGACAUGAUUUGCAUUGUGGUAUACAUUAUAUCUGCUCAGAUUGCAAUGGCCAAAACCAUCACAUGGCCUCAACUGGCUGCCGGAAAAUGUUACUUCUGUGCUCUUCAGCCAUGAGUUCAACCAUACUUCCGGGGACUUGUUGCUGGAAGAAGCAGAGGAGAGUGAGCAUGGCGAGUAACUGUUAGUUUCUGAUUCACACUCCAAAGCCAGCAGAGCGGAGAACCCCUCUGUGGCUCCAGAAGCAGGAGGUGAGGCCUGCACCGUGCUGCUUUCUGGGGCUACACUCAGAGGGUGCUCAGCAGUAGGUCUGGAAAAGUUCAGUAAUCGAUUAGACACAGGGGUGAUGGGAGGAGAAGAGUUGGGGAGGACUGUUUGCACAUGGGUAACACGCUGAGCUGAGAAACCUUGGGUUGAGCAACACGUCGGAGUUGGACGUGUUGAGGGAAGCAGAUGUGGGACUUCUGGAUGGAAAUGUUCACUUGGCUAUUAGAAGCGAAGGGUCAGGGCUGGGGAUGAGGUUCAGGAGCUAUAAUAGUUGCACAGCCCAGUGGUUGCCAUUUUUCAUGGGAAGGACCUGACCUACAGGCAGGGUCCCCAGUGGCUGUGUCUGUGUGUUAAGGUACCUGACCCCUUCCUCCCCAUUAUAUGGCAGGCUGGUCCAGGGGCGAGUAGCCGAUUCAAGUCAGGACCAUCCAAGGUCCUCCCUGGACUGGAGAAAGGAGAAGAGAAAGGGUCUGUGUCCAAGGUGGCUGGCUGCAUGGGCUUCUCAACAUUAUCUCCAUAGAGGUGAUGAGACACAGGAGAGGAUGGGCCUGUGUCUCAGCACAGAGGACAGGGAGGGGGCAAGGCAGAGGUCCCUGUGUUCCACGUGUGGCCCAGAAACUGCAGAGAGAAUAGCCUGAUCACAGGGCCACGCAGACCAGAUGAUGGACAUGUCAGGGGUGACCUCUGGGGACAGAAGACUUGAGGUCCAGAUGGGCCUGCUUCAAUGCCUUGGCACCACUGAAGCGCCAAGCACAACUUCAGGUUUCUCACUACUUCAGUGGAGAGGCUUAUGUGAUGCAGAAUGUAAGUGGAGUCAGGAAAAUUGUGUUUUUGUGGAUUCAGAUUCAUCAUGGCCUGAAGGCAUCGUGGAGUGAGGAGGGUCAAGGGACCAGGGGCACAUCCAUGUGUGGGGAGGAGGGGAGGAGAGGAGGAGAGGAGGAGAGGAGGAGAGGAAGAGGGUGCUGGAAGGAGACAGAGUUCUCAGAAAGGAAGGAGAAUCUUGAAGGAUUGCUGUCUUAGCAGGCAACUGAGCGACAUCUUCCAGAAGGAGGAAAAGGCUGGUCAACAGUCCAGCCACCCCCUUAGAAUCCAGUCGAAUGAGCUCUGGGAGAAACUCAUGGGAUUUGACCAAGAGGAGGUCAUCCUGGUGUUUUCCUUUGGGGAAAGAAUGAUAGUGAGGUGGGAGUGCGGGUGAGGAAGUGGCUCAGCACAGUGUCUGGCUGAAAUGUUUGUAGAGUUGGCGACUUGAUGCGUGAGCAGGAAGUGCAGACACAGCAUGUGUGGACAGCUCUUUAAAACCCUGACUGCUGCCCACCCCAACUUCUUUCCCUGAGUUCUGCCCUCUGUUGUCAGGGGGUCACAUUGGCCUAGGUUUUCCCAUGUGAAACAGGGAUGGGGAAGGCAGAGACCAGGAAAAUAGAUUUGUCCUGGAAACCGGAAGCCCCCUUGGGGUGGCCUCUCAGAUGGAGCUGUGUGACACGGAACCCUGAUCGUCCCUGCGGGGUAUCGGCAGGUGUCAGCUGCGAGGGAGAAGCCGCCUCUGAAUGACACUCCUUCAGAGGACUAAAGCCAGGGAACUCUACCCCACUGAGAUAAGGAGGUGAAAUCCAGGUGAGACGCAGCCUGAGCCUUUGUGUGCCGGUGUUACAUUACCGCCUCUCACCCACUUCCUCCCUCCACUUCCUGCUCCAGAGCUCAUGCCCAGCCUCUGAUAACCCAAAUCUGGGAUUGGCUGGCAGGUACACAGGCAGGCAGGGAGUGGGCACCUGGGGAGGGUGUCUGUCCCUCAUCAGACAGGUGGGUGUUUGGGACCUGCAGGGGGAAGCCGAGGAGGCAGUUCCCCUUCUCACCUGUGUAGCGCCUCCACCUUCCCUAACCAGCUGCUCUUUCCCUCUUCCUUUCCCAUUUGUUGUGCCCUCACUUCCCAUCACUGCUCUUUUUCUGUCUCCCCAGCAGCUUCUCAGUCCCCACCCACCAGAGUCACCUGUUGACAGGCUGUUGAUGACAGUGGUCCUUCGUGGAGGAUGGAUGGAGACUGGGGAGCCUCCUUCCCAGGGACCUUGGAGAACAGGAGAGGCCUAGGCGUGGGGUGGUGGGUGGCGGGAGAGCUCAGGGAGAAUUCUGGAAAUCCAGACAGAGGGAUUCUGUGAUCUGUGGUUUUCCACUCCAGCCUUAGGGCAGGCGGAUGGCUUCCCAGUGCAGGCACGGGCCUAUGGCUCCCUCCAGCGGCCAUCAGGGGCACUGCAGUCACUCCUGUGCCUCCUGGAAGAGGUCAUAGGGGCAGCUGGCUGAGAGACACGGUUAAUAGUGAGCUGGAA